CAAAACCUGAGAAACAGAGAAGAUUGAAAAUGAGAGACACGAAGACGACGACUAAGAGAUAUGUCGUCGUCUUCGUUAUAUCAUCCGUUUUGUCUCUCCAUCUCCUCCGUUCUCCUCCUCCUCCUAUUAAUCUUCUCCGGAGAAUUUCCCUCCACCGCAGGAACUUCAUCACCGGACACCAAAGCCGCAGCCGCACGUGCGACUAACAGAGGAAGGAGGAAUAAGCAAUCCGCGGAGUUCUUACUCGCGCACAACGCAGCGCGUGUAGCUUCAGGCGCGUCGAAUCUAAGAUGGGAUCAAGGGUUGGCCCGUUUCGCAUCUAAAUGGGCCAAACAACGUAAAUCGGAUUGUAAAAUGACCCAUUCAGGUGGGCCUUACGGAGAGAAUAUUUUCAGGUACCAAAGGAGUGAGAAUUGGUCGCCGAGGAGAGUUGUUGAUAAAUGGAUGGAUGAAAGUUUGAACUACGAUCGGGUGGCUAAUACGUGCAAGUCUGGUGCCAUGUGCGGUCAUUAUACGCAGAUCGUUUGGCGUACAACCACAGCCGUUGGAUGCGCUCGUUCUAAAUGCGAUAACAACCGUGGAUUCCUAGUGAUUUGCGAGUAUUCACCUUCGGGGAAUUACGAAGGCGAAAGUCCUUUUGAUAUACCUAAAAUAACAUUGAAAUUAGACAAGAUUUAA